UUAUCAUCGCCAUUGUUGUCCCAAUUGCUGGCCGGUUCUGUCGUGCUUUUCUCCAUUGGCUGUUUCUUCCUGCGUAGAAGAACAAAGAAGACUUACAAUACAUUCCUAGCAGAAAAUGUUGGGGUUGAAAUUACAUGUGUAGAGUCCCUGCAAUUUGACUUGGGUACAAUUGAAGCUGCCACAAACAACUUCUCUGAUGAUAACAAGAUUGGAAAAGGAGGAUUUGGUACGGUUUACAAGGGAACCCUUUACAAUGGACAAGAAAUAGCAGUGAAGAGGCUAUCCAAAAGCUCUGGGCAGGGUGCAGAAGAAUUUAAGAAUGAGGUUAUGUUGGUUGCGAAGCUUCAACAUAAGAAUCUAGUAAGGCUCUUAGGAUUUUGCUUGGAAGGACACGAAAAGAUACUCGUUUAUGAAUAUGUGCCCAACAGUAGCCUUGAUUACAUUUUAUUCGACACAGAAAGGCUAAGACAACUGGAUUGGUUAACCUGUUACAAGAUUAUAGGAGGGAUUGCUCGAUGGCUUCUUUAUCUUCACGAAGAUUCUCGGCUUAGAAUUAUACAUCGUGAUCUUAAAGCUAGCAAUGUUUUAUUAGACGGCAAUAUGAAUCCAAAGAUUUCAGAUUUUGGCAUGGCAAGGAUAUUUGUAAUGGAUCAAACCCAAGGAAACACAAGUAGAAUCGUGGGAACAUAG